GGGACGGUUUUUCCCAUACCAACUGUCCAUAUAGGAGUAUUACAUAAAUGAAAUUACCAUAUACAGAGGGUUUCUUUUGAAAAAAAAAACAAACAAAAGAGCCUGUCGGCUAGGGUAUAAAUGAUUUUAUCAGUGAACGUGAUAUGUAUUUUGCUAGGUGUCUAUCUUAGAAUAAGGCCAAUAAAACGAAGAAGCAUUAUUACCAAAAACAUUCAGCAAGUUAGGUUAAGUUAAAGUAAAAGCGUUGCUAUGGCGCUAAAGUUAAAUGUAAUAGCUGCAGCUUGCGAAAAUAUGGGAAUUGGUAAAAACAAUAAUUUACCAUGGAAAUUAAAAACAGAAAUGGAGUAUUUCACUAAAAUGACCACCACCACACGAGAUCCAUGUAAAAAGAAUAUUGUUAUCAUGGGACAUAAUACUUGGAAUUCGAUUCAUAAGAAAUUUAAACCAUUGAAAGGUCGAAUCAAUUUUAUAUUGUCUCGCUCGGAUUUAAAUCUAAGGGAUUAUGGUGAUGUAUAUGUCUUUAAAAGUUUUCGUUCCUGUUUAGACACAUUAGAAGGACCUGAAUUUAAAGAUAUUUAUGAAAGAAUUUGGGUUAUAGGUGGAAGUCAGGUUUAUAAGGAAGCUGUAGAAUGUGAACAUUUUUAUCGUCUUUAUCUAACUAAAAUUUUGAAAGAAUUUGAUUGUGAUACAUUUUUCCCUGAAUUGCCAAGUGACAUGGAAGAAGUGAAAGAUGACUCUGUUCCAGAAGGUGUGCAAUCAGAAGGAGAUAUCAAUUUUACAUUUAAUGUUUAUCAGAAUAUGAAAUUUAAGUAGUAUUGGAAAAAGCUUUUUGUUACCAAGAAAAUUUAAUAAAAAUAAAUACUUUUUGAAAUUGAUUUCUUUUGUGUUAAUAAUGAACAAAACUGUUGAACUUGUUUUUUUUAAUGCCAACAGCAUACUAAACCUUAGGUUCCUUAAAAAUAUAUUUA